CAGAGCGGGGCGGCGCGGAGGCGCUGCCGGUGCCGGUGCCGCUGCGCUGCGCCGCCUCUGCCUGUGCGGGGCGGCCCGGCGGAGCCCCCUCCCCUCCCCUGCCCGCCCUCCUCUCGCCGGCGGCGCGGAGCGGAGCGGCGGGGCGUGGAGAGGCGGCCCCCGCGCGGGCAGGGCGGGCAGCGCGCGGCCGCCGGCAGGGAUGAGCCCCCGCGGCGCGGCCCGCUGAGCUCCGCCGCCACCCGCCCCCCCCCCGGGCCGGGCUCGGCGUCCCCCGCCCCAGGAGCCGCGGCCGGGGAUGCGGGGGGGGAGCCCGCCGCGGCGCUCCGGCAGACAUCGAGACGACCUGUGAAGAAGCCCCAUGAAGGUGACCAGCCAUGCAAUGUUCCUGGAAGGCUGUCCUCCUACUAGCCUUGGCAUCCAUUGCAAUCCAGUACACAGCAAUCCGGACCUUCACCGCCAAGUCCUUCCACAGCUGCCCCAUCCCCAACCCUGUGAACUGCGGCCUGAGCCAGGACACCGAGGCGGCUGACAGGCUGUGCGACGAGAGCCCCACAUUCUCAUAUAACCUCUCCAGGAAGACGCACGUUCUCAUCCUCGCCACCACCCGCAGUGGCUCCUCAUUUGUCGGGCAGCUGUUUAAUCAGCACUUCGAUGUCUUCUAUUUAUUCGAGCCCCUCUACCAUGUCCAGUACACCCUGAUCCCAAAGCUGACCCAGAGCAAGAGUACAACGGACAGGCGGGUCAUGCUGGGGGCCAGCCGAGACCUGCUGAGGAGCCUUUAUGACUGCGACCUCUACUUCUUGGAGAACUACAUCAAACCCCAGCCUGUCAACCACACCACCGACCGCCUCUUCCGCCGGGGAGCCAGCAAAGCCCUCUGCUCGCCACCCGUCUGCGAGUCCCUGGGAACCGUCGAUCUCCACCUGGAGGAGGGCGACUGCGUGAAGAAGUGUGGCACCUUGAACCUGACGCUGGCCACCGAGUCCUGCAGAGAGCACGGGCACGUGGCCAUCAAAACAGUGCGAGUGCCUGAGGUCAGCGACCUCCGGGCCCUGGUAGAGGACCCGCGUCUGAACUUGAAGGUCAUCCAGCUGGUGAGGGACCCCCGUGGAAUCCUGGCGUCCCGGAGUGAGACUUUCCGGGACACCUACCGGCUGUGGAGGAUCUGGGAUGGCACUGGCAGGAAGCCGUAUAACCUGGACGUGACCCAGCUCACCACGGUGUGUGAGGACUUCUGGAACUCCGUAUCCACUGGCCUCAACCGGCCGCCGUGGCUCAAGGGCAAGUACAUGCUGGUGCGGUAUGAAGACCUGGCCAGGAACCCCAUGAAAAAAACCGAGGAGAUCUACGAUUUCCUGGGCAUCCCCAUGGACAGCAACGUAGAGCGCUGGAUACAGAACAACACCCGGGGAGACAGGUCCUCCUCCAAACACAAGUACGGGACGGUGCGCAACUCGGCAGCAACGGCAGAGAAGUGGCGGUUCCGGCUGUCCUAUGAGAUCGUGGCGUUCACCCAGCACGCCUGCCGGCAGGUGCUGGCCCAGCUCGGCUACAAAACGGCCAGCUCCGAGGAGGAGCUGAAGAACCUCUCCAUCAGCCUGGUGGAGGAGAGAGACUUCCUGCCCUUCUCCUAAGGCAGCCCCGGGGGGGGCCUGGGUUUUGAUACGGAUUGUUUCUAACUGUUGCCUUAUUUUAUUUUCUUUCGUUUUGUUUUCCCCCCUCUCUUUCUCUCUCUCUCGUCUUCUUCUCUCCAAAAUUUGCACUAAACCUUGAGCGGGAAUCUCAACAGAGUCCAGGGGAAGCGGUUGCUGCCCCCCGGCAUGUUUCGGACGCAAGAGGAGUCGGGUCUCUCCAAGCAAGAGCUAGAACUGUGGAUGGGUAACAAUGUUUACAAAAACACACAAAAUGUAUAAAGCAAACCUUCAAGCUUUCCAAACCGAAGGGUACCUGGGGUACUGUACUUUUGCACUGUUUACUUUUACAAUGUAAGAGGUAAAUAUAAAUAUAAUUUAUGAAUGGUGUUGUCCCCUCCAGAGUAACGCCCCUUGCCCCCGAUGAGCAGGUGAGACUGGAAGCUGAACGUGGAACAACCUUCUCGGUUUUGAUUUCAGUGCGACAUGUCUGUUUGUUUUAUGUCCCGUUAUUGGGCUGGGCAGUUGGUCGUCUGCUCCUACAUGGUUGUUUGGUGACACCUGUGAUAUUUCUUUGUGCCAAAAACCCACAAAAGAAAAAAAAAAAAGG